UAUCCUGUCUAUGGAUGACGUCAUGAUUCUACAUACGGGACAUGACAGAGAGGAUUGAGUGUAAUGGCGGACCGCCAUGUGUUCCUUGUUGUGUUAAAUGAAAGCAGUAGUUAAUCCUUAUUUUCGACUCUAAGUUACAACAUAAAUUGGCGACGAGGACGGGAUCCGAAGAGGAACCAGGGUAGUGAUCUGUAAGGGAAAUUACAGCGCUAAGGAAUUUAAAAUCCAGAGGAAAUUCGUCGAGGGAAGUCAUGGCGGCGGUGUACGGUAGCCUAAACAAGUUCGAUCCCAACGCACAGACAUGGGAGGAUUAUAUCGAAGUAAUGGGCCAUUAUUUCAGAGCCAACGACAUCAAGGAUGAAGAUAAAAAGAGGGCUAUAUUGCUGRCAACAGCAGGAGAAAAAACCUACGCCUUGAUAAAAAGUCUUUGUCAUCCAACAUCUCCUGCCGAGAAGUCAUUCAAGGAAAUAGUCAAACUGGUCCAGGACCAUCGCACGCCGAAACCGUCAGAGAUUGUACAGAGGUACAAGUUUCACACUCGGAUGAGGAAAGAAGGGGAAACAGUACACGAAUAUGUGGCAGAAUUGCGAAGCCUGAGUAAGUACUGUAAUUUCGGUGAUACCCUUAAUACCAUGUUGAGAGACAAACUAGUAGUGGGGGUGAAUGAUGACCAGAUCCAAAAGAAACUCCUGGGGGAGACAACUCUAUCCUUCGAAAAGGCCAUGAGCAUAGCUAUAGCUAUGGAGACCACRAGCAGAGAUUUACAGGAGUUACAUAAGGUUAGCCUUAAUACCCCAGGUGCUACCCCAAGUGUUAAUGUCAAUAAAAUGUAUGGUAGGGGUGCCAAAGGUCAGGAUUCUCCUCAAGGCAAGAAAGAAAAACCUAGUAGUAGAGAUGAGAAAUCAAGUAAAGAAUGUUUCCGGUGUGGGGGCUCACAUCCCCYCUUUAAAUGCCCAUUUAAGAAUGAACAGUGUUUUUCCUGUAAAAGGAGGGGGCACACAAAGGCCAUGUGUCGGGAGAGACACAGAUCCAGGAACUGUAACCUAGUAGAAGAAGAUGACCUAGARUUUGAGGACCCAGGAAUUGAGRAAAACAUGAAUCACAUUAGUGAUACCAAGGGGAAACCCAUCAUAGUUGUGGUAGAAGUGAAGGGAAAUGCAACCCCUUUUGCACCCUUGGAGUUUGAGCUAGACACUGGGUGCCCGGUCACCUUGAUAGAUGAAGAAACAAUCAAGGGCAUGUUUGGAGGGAAGGUACCUAAAUUACAGCCAUCGCCAUUAAGGCUCAAGUCGUACACAGGUCAGAGAGUAAAGGUAUUGGGAACAGUUGCCCUAGAGCUAAAGUACAAUGGUCAAGUAAGAAAAGCAGAAGUUCAUGUUACCAAGGGGGGAGGCCCACUGCUUUUAGGAAGAGACAUUAUACAGGGUCUUUCAGUCAUGACUGUGAACCAGAUAAAAGAACARCCCUUGCCAGAAUCCCUAGGAGGGGUAUUAAAAAAACAUGGUGACCUCUUCAAGGAGGAACUGGGUACCAUAAAAGGGGUUACUGCUAAGAUAAAUGUGGACCCCACUGCCAUGCCCAAGUUUUUCAAACCCAGGUCCUUGCCCUAUGCAAUGAAGGGGAAGGUAGAGGCCGAAAUUGACAGGCUUGUGUCAACAGRCAUCCUCAAACCAGUCCAGUUUUCUGACUGGGCUGCCCCAGUGGUUCCUGUGUUAAAGCCAGAUGGGUCCAUAAGGUUGUGCGGGGACUAUAAGGUUACAGUAAACCAAGCCUCAAAGCUUGAUCAGUUCCCACUUCCCACGUUUGAUGAUAUCGCAGCCAAAUUGGCUGGAGGGCAGAAAWUUUCCAAGUUAGAUCUAAGCCAUGCUUAUCAACAGUUACUGUUAAAUGAAGAGUCAUCACAGUACGUAACAAUCAAUACCCAUCGAGGAUUGUUCACCUAUACCCGACUUCCUUUUGGGGUGUCCAGUGCCCCAGCCAUAUUCCAGAGGACCAUUGAGGGUAUCCKACGAGGAAUUCCCCGGGUGGCAGUCUACAUUGAKGAUAUCUUGGUCACAGGAGCCAAUGAUGCAGAACAUUUGCAAAUCCUAGAACAAGUGUUAUUCAAGCUGGAGGAAGCAGGCUYAAGRCUAAAGGAAAGUAAGUGUGUUUACCUGGCUGAGAGUGUCACAUACCUUGGUCAUGUGAUAGACGCACAGGGAAUCCACCCUGUGAAAGACAAGGUGCAAGCACUGACAGAAGCAAGGGCACCUAAUGAUGUCUCUGAGCUGAAAGCCUACUUGGGACUGCUGAACUACUACAAUCGGUUCCUACCGAGGUUAGCAACCACCCUAGCACCGUUGCAUAAGUUAUUGCGAAGCGAGGAACUUUGGAAAUGGGGAAGGGAACAACAGGAGAGUUUUGAGAAGUCUAAGGAGCUGAUCAUGUCUGCAGAUGUGUUAGUCCAUUAUGACCCAGAUCAAGAGCUUGUAUUACAGUGCGAUGCUUCCCCUUACGGCGUCRGAGCGGUGCUGUCACACCGCAUGGCUGACGGUGCUGAUAAACCUAUCGCAUUUGCAUCCAGAACCCUUAACRCAGCUGAGAAGAACUACUCACAAUUAGAUCGAGAAGGACUGGGCGUCAUAUUCGGCCUGAAGAAAUUCCACAAGUAUUUGUAUGGACGCCAUUUUAGGAUCUUGACAGACCACAAGCCCCUCGAGACAUUGUUCAAUGAAAAAAAGCAGGUGCCAACCACCGCCUCACCAAGAGUCCAAAGAUGGGCUGUGACCCUAAGAGGUUAUGAYUACACCAUCCAGUACYGAGCGGGAAAAGAGAACGGAAAUGCGGAUGCUUUCAGCAGAUUACCCUUACCAGUAAGUCGGCAAGUGCAGGAAGAGGACAGAGUACUUCUCAUUCAAGAGCUGGAGGGGUUCCCCUUAACAGCGGAGCAGAUACGUACCUGGACCCAACGUGACCCGGUGCUAGCACAUGUAAAGGAAUACCUUUUACGAGGAUGGCCUGACGAUAGCACCUUGGAUGAUCCAUUGAUGAGGCCAUACCAGACAAAGAMGUUGGAGUUGAGCGUGCACGAGGGAUGUGUGCUUUGGGGUGCGCGAGUCGUGAUUCCRCCAGUAGGGAGAGAGCAGGUGUUGAAGGAGCUGCAUCAAGCACAUCCAGGUAUUAACCGUAUGAAAGGAUUAGCACRUAGCUAUGUGUGGUGGCCGUCUAUGGAUAAGGACUUAGAGAACUUAGUCCAACAAUGUGAAACCUGUCAAGUACACCGUAAGGCACYGGCGGCAGCUCCCUUGCACCCCUGGGAGUGGCCGGACCAACCAUGGAAACGACUACACAUGGAUUACGCAGGUCCAUUUAUGGGCCAAAUGUUCUUGGUUGUUGUUGAUGCCCAUUCCAAAUGGAUUAAUGCAGAGAUUAUGAGCUCCACUACCUCGGCUGCCACCAUAUCUAAGCUUCGGGCGAUGUUUGCAACUCACGGGCUACCGGAGGUGGUCGUCUCUGAUAACGGGUCUAACUUCACUAGUCAAGAGAUGGAGGAAUUCUUGACUCAGAACGGUAUAGUGCAUGUCACGUCCGCACCUUACCAUCCCGCAACUAAUGGCUUAGCCGAAAGAGCAGUACAGACCAUAAAGGAAGGACUAAAGAAAGUGCGAGGAGAUAGCAUUGAGACUCGACUUCAGAAGUUGUUAUUCAACUACAGGAUAACACCUCAGACAACAACUGGGAAGUCUCCAGCGGAAGCAUUGAUGGGACGCAAGUUGCGAUGUAGACUAGACUUGCUACAUCCAAACCUACAAGGAAAGGUUCAACAAAAACAGAGCAAGAUGAAGGAAGUACAUGACCGUCAAGCCCACCCACGCGUGUUCACRGUUGGCAACCCAGUGUAUGUCCGGAAUUUUGGAAGCGGGUUACGCUGGAUCCCCGGGGUAAUUCAGGAAACUACAGGCCCGUUGUCCUACACAGUUACCCUAGUGGAUGGCCRGGGAGUACGCAGACACAUAGACCAUGUGCGUAGUCGGCAUCCCGAGAAAGCCACCGGAUCGCCUCCACAGGGGGACUCGGUGGUUAUAACCCAAGAGGUUGUCAAGGAUGGAGAACAGAAGGUGAUAGAAGAAGAAGGACAGGAUAACCAUGUCAUGCUGCAGUCACCAAGGGAUGUUGUCACUCUAGCUACAGAGCCCCUUCCAAGCAACGUCGAAGAGCGGCCUACCACAAGUUGUGAUGCGGUUGCCUGUACAGGGGCGGUAGCUGUGCCACAUGAACGAUACCCCAGAAGAGAGAGAAGGCAGCCAGCAUACCUACGGGAUUAUGAACAAUAGGACUGGGAAGAUAAAAGACAGUGACAUUGUAGUUUGUUGUUUUUGUUUGGGUUUGGGCAUGGCAUCGAGCCUGAGGGGGAGGGAGUGUCAUAUCCUGUCUAUGGAUGACGUCAUGAUUCUACAUACGGGACAUGACAGAGAGGAUUGAGUGUAAUGGCGGACCGCCAUGUGU